AGACAGUGCUCCCGUUUGCGGGGAUUACAUCAAUGCUUUUAGUACGGUCCCCGGUGCGUUUCCUCGGGGUGCUGGUGGUGUAGUCGUGCAACGUUGUCUGGGGGGCCUGGGACACGCACAGGAACCGCUCCACUUCCUGGGGCUGCAUGCCUUAUCGGCGUGGAGGAGCCGAUGCAAUGCCGACGCCGAGAGCAUGGCCCCGGAGGCCGGCGCCCCCGCGCCGCCGCUGCUGCUGCCCUCGGCUGCCCCGGCGCCUGUUAGGACCCCGCGACGACGACCACUCGGCGCCCAUGUGACGGCCACCCCCGUUGGCACAGGACGCGAGCGGCGCGUCACUCCCGGCCGACGACCAUGUGCGUCCGCUGGGUGCUCCCGGACUAGCGCAGCGGCCCACCUCUUCAGCAACGAGCCGGCCUGAGCGGACAAUCUCCUCGGCCGGCGGACACUGCCAACCAUGUCGGCGGGCGGCGAAGCCACCCUGUUUCCCAUGACCUUGACAGGCUUUCUGCCCUUCUCGUCGCACCGAGUCCUGUGGUCCCUAACCUUACUGCUCUCGUGUAUCGUGCCCGUGGCUGUGCACAUCGCGCGGCGUCGACGCAUCGCCGAGCUCAUCUCCAAGAUUCCGGGGCCCACAGCGGCGCACCCGAUCCUCGGCAACUUGGACGUGCUGUACGAGCUCAAAAAGUACAGGCACCUUCUUGCGCCGCAUAUACUGCUGCUGCAGACCAUGUGCGGGUUAGCGCAAAUACACGACAAAGACAGAAUCUUCAGGUUCUGGCUGGGGUUCAGGCCUGUGGUAUCUUUCUUCAAAGCAGAAACAGUAGAGGUCAUUUUAAGUAGUAAUACCGUUUUAGAUAAAUCUUUUGACUACACAUUAUUACACCCCUGGUUGGGCACAGGUUUAUUAACAAGUUCAGGCAACAAAUGGCGGCGGAGAAGAAAGAUGCUAACACCGGCCUUCCACUUUCGGAUACUGGAGGACUUCAUUCCAGUAUUCAAUGAGCAGGCCGUGAUAUUCGUGAAAAACCUCAAGGAGCAGCAGAACAAAAAGUACAUCGACAUUGUUCCUCUGGUCACACUCUGCACGCUCGACAUCAUCUGCGAGACCGCAAUGGGGGUGAAGGUUGAUGCUCAAUUAAACAGUAAUUCUCACUACGUUCGCUCCUUGUACGAAGUGGGCGAGACCUUCAUGGCAAGAGUGAUGAGGCCAUGGCUAUGGCCAAACUACGUCUUCUACAUGUCCUCGUUCGGGAGGAAGUUCAAAGACAACCUUGCGCAGCUGCACAACUUCACCAGAAAGGUGAUACGCGAAAGAAAGGCCGAGCUGCUUGAACAGAAGGUCAUUGACGGCCUUACCAUCGGAGAACCAGUGAUCGGACAAAAACGACGGCAGGCCUUCCUGGACCUCCUCCUCAGCCAUCACAUUCAGGAUAGCAGCCUCACGGAAGAGGACAUCCGGGAAGAAGUAGACACCUUCAUGUUCGAGGGUCACGACACCACGGCCAUGGGUAUCUCGUGGGCAAUGUACCUCAUUGGACUCUACACGGACGUUCAGCAGAAGAUUCACGAGGAGCUGGAUGCAAUCUUCGGAGAGGAUAGAGAACGUGCCAUCACACCAGACGACCUCAAAGAAAUGAAGUACCUCGAGUGCGCUCUGAAGGAGUCACAGCGACUAUUUCCGUCAGUGCCAUUCAUUGGAAGAGAGCUAAUGGAAGACGUGGUAGUGAACGGCUACACGGUCCCCCGGGGCACGACGUGUUUCCUCUUCACAUUCAUGCUCCAUCGAGACAAGGAGAUAUUUCCCAACCCAGAGGUGUUCGACCCAGACAGGUUCCGGCCCGAGAACUGUGUUGGAAGGCAUCCGUUCGCCUAUGUACCGUUCUCGGCCGGACCGCGCAACUGCAUAGGUCAGAAGUUCGCCCUCAUGGAGGAGAAAGUGGUCUUGUGUUCUGUACUGCGGAACUUUUGCAUCCAGUCCGUUGACUUCAGGGAUAAAAUUCACCUCGUGGCGGAACUGGUGACGCGGUCGAAACACGGCCUAAAAAUCCGGUUAAGGCCGCGCUGCGAGAGAACCCGAAGCGCCCGAAGGUCGGCUUUGGCGGCUUGUCGGCGGCUGUCGAUUGAGACGGCGCGCACAAUGUUUGCCCUUGCAGUGCAGGUACUUCUCUGGCUUGUUUUCGUCGCCUUCAUCGCGCUCGCCUCUCUAGUCGUUGCUGUUCUCUGCGCUGUUCACGUCGCGAGGAGGGCUACCUGGAAGAAGCUCGCUCGUUUUCCCGGUCCAAACGAAGAUAUACCCCUGCGAUGGGUCUUGCAGCAACACUCACAUGCCACAUCCGUGAAGCACCGGACGCCGUACAAUGUGUCCAUGCUGGAGAUACGUAUGGCGUACUUCUACAUGUUUCAAAAGUAUGGACUCUUUAGAUUUUAUAUAGGACCUCAUCCUACAGUUGCAGUUUUCAAGGCUGGCCACAUUGAGACAGUGCUGAAUGGUCAAAGCACAGUCGAAAAGUCGGUUGAUUACGAAGUCCUGCAUUCGUGGUUAGGCACUGGACUUUUAACAAGCUCUGGAACAAAAUGGAAGACAAGGCGGCGCUUGCUAACACCCUCGUUUCACUUCCGUAUUCUCGAUUCGUUCGUCCAGCCAAUGAACGUGCGUGCUCGAAACACUGUAGAGAAGCUACGACAGCGCUGCACAGAACCCUGGAUCGACAUCGUGCCACUGGUGGCUGACUGCACGCUGAACAUUUUGUUGGAGACCAUCAUGGGUGUGAUUCCAGAAGAAAAAGAGGAGUUCUGUCGCUCUUACGUUGCUGCAGUUCAUUAUUUGUCGAGUCAGAUUACUUUUCGGGUGCAAUCACCAUGGUUACUCAUCGAUGCCAUUUAUUUCCGAACGUCCUACGGUAAAGCCUACCAGAAAAAUACAGAAAUCGUUCACAACUUCACUGCAAGGGUCAUCAGAGAACGCCGGGAAGAGCUCAUGAGAAAUAAUGACGAGCAUAAGGUAGUAGAAGAUGAACACGAAGGGGUCUACAAUAGAAAGCGACUGCUUACAUUUUUAGAUAUUCUGUUGCGCUACAGUAUUGAAAACGAAGGCUCAAUCAGUGAUGAUGACAUCAGGGAAGAAGUGGACACGUUCAUGUUCGAGGGCCAUGACACAACGGCAGUGGCGAUUUGCUGGACAUUGUACAUGAUGGGACUGCAUCAAGACCACCAGAGAAAGGUUCACGAAGAAUUGGACUCUGUCUUGGGAGUGGAUGCGGGAAAGGACGUCACCACUGAGCACAUGAAGGAGCUGAAGUAUCUGGACUGCGUCAUUAAGGAAUGUCAGCGACUAUUCCCAUCGGUACCAAUUAUUGGCCGUGAGAGCCUAGAAGACUUCAAGCUAGGGGACUACGUAAUACCCAAAGGCUCAACGAUUGACGUCUUUCUUUACGCGCUUCAUCGAGACCCGGAAGUGUUUCCAGACCCAGAGAGGUUUGACCCCAGCCGAUUCCUGCCGGAAAACAUCAGCAAGCGUCAUUCGCACGCUUUCAUUCCUUUCUCGGCUGGAUCAAGAAACUGUAUAGGUCAACGGUUUGCAGCAAUGGAGCUGAAAAUUGUUAUCGCCACAAUCUUACACAGCUUCAACUUGGUGGCGUUGGAUCAACGUGACAAGAUGCUUCUGUCCAGUGACCUGGUGUUGAGAGCAGCUAAUGGGAUCAGGCUUUCUUUCACGCGGAGAGUUCACUGAUAGUCUACGAAGAUGCCUCUCUUUAAGAAGUCGCCAGAUUUGUUCACCACGUCCUCUUUCCUAGCGUCAAUACAGAAUUGUAUAUAUUUAGCAAUCUUAAGUAACUUGUGUGUGUGUGUGCGUAUCCGUUGAGGUGCACGAGAAAGCAAAUAUUUAAAUAAAGUUCAUGCAUUCUAACCAGACUUUUACACUGUACAGCGAAACAGUAACAACUGACGGUUACUGCAAUAAAAAUGUAAUUGGUUACAGUUACUAAUUAGUGCGUUAUGGAGGUAACCGAUCAAUGCUAAAAAGUAAUCAAUUACUAGUACGUCACUUUAACUCCAAUUGUAAGUGGGAGUCGUGUCUUUGCCAGCUGAAACAAAUGAACCAAACAAAAUAUUUGGGACAUGCUUUCACCUCAAAUAGAAUGACUCACACAGAGAAAACUCCCGCCGUUUGGCAGUGUCACGUAUUGACGAUGCGCUGAUAUGAGUCCAUUCUUGUCUCUGUCUCUAAAGUUCCUGCACUAAACCCUAAGACGAUGUCGCACCAACAUGGCCAAGGCAACAUGGCCCUUGCUAAGAACAUACGACCUCGAGCCAAACACCCCUUUAGCCUAAAAGCACCACUUCAAUUACAGAAUGCUAUAUUUAAACGCAUACCAUUCUAGAAAGCAGGCUGGUUAAAGCAAACUCUGGCUUUUCCCUUAUACUAAACCCGCUGGUGUCGUUGAAAGUCGUACAG